AUGGACACUGUCCGUUUGAUCUUUCAGAUAUUGAAUCUAAAGAAGCUUGUCAAGGUGGUGAAUCUAGAGGCUGUGUGCUUCCGGUUGGUUUGCAUGGCCUGGAGAAUAGAUGGUGUGAAGUGUCCUGAGAGUGACCCUCUCCCUGUUCCAUACGAGUGGUAUCAGCCAGGUGACCUCCUCAUUGGUGGGAUUUCUUCUCAGGUCAUUUACACACUUCACACGCUUCCUUUCAAUGAACAUCCUUCACAGAAGUUAUUUGCUCUUCCAGAAAUGGUGACAAAGUUUUACCAGCACGCCCUAGCUUUGGCUUUUGCUGUCAAUGAGAUCAACGAGAAUCCCUGGAUCCUGCCAAAUGUCACCCUCGGGUUCCGCAUCUCCGACAGCUACUAUGAUGCAAGGAUGAGUUACCGGACCACCCUGGACCUGCUUUUCAAAUCACGUAGUUUUGUCCCAAAUUAUAAAUACAUUACACAGAAAAAUGUAAUAUCUGUUGUUGGUGGACUUGUUGCUGCUAUCUCUUUCCUUGUGGCAGACCUCUUAGGACUUUAUAAGAUUCCACAGCUCACAUACGGUUCAUUUGCACCUGCCGACAGAGAUGCAACUGAGGUCCCUUCCUUUUACCGCAUGGUCCCAAAUGAAACCCCUCAGUAUAGGGGGAUAACCCAGUUGCUUCUCCAUUUUGGAUGGACCUGGGUUGGGCUCUUUUCUGCAGAUGAUGACAGUGGAGAACGUUUCCUGCAGGCCCUGGAGCCAUUGUUUUUCCACAACAGAAUUUGUCUGGACUUCAUAGAAAAAAUCCCCACCCAGUCCAGGUGGGAUACUUUAAGUGAUGUGAAUGACUUAAUCUCAAAGGUAUAUCGACCUUUGACACAGAGCAAAGCCAAUACUUUUAUUAUCAAUGGAGGGUGCAUGGUCAUCAUAUCAUUGAAUACUUUGAUGGUUUUAGGAGAUCCCGAAUAUGAAGAAAAUCCAUUAUUUAGAAAGGUAUGGAUAAUGACUGCCCAAACGGAUUUUGUACAAUCCAGCAUUCUAAAGAGCUUGAGUUUCUACUUGUUUCAAGGUGCUUUUUUAUUCACAGUUUGCACUAAUGAGCUUCUAGGGUUCAAGAAAUUUCUUCAGAACAUAAACCCUUCUUGGAUGCAAGGAAAUGGUUUUCUCAAGAUCUUCUGGGAGCAAGCAUUUGGUUGUACUUUUCCAGAUUCCCAGGAACCAAUACGUAUCAACGAAACAUGUACUGGGGAGGAAAGACUGGAGGGUCUUCCUGGGCAUUUAUUUGAAAUGCGCAUGUCUGGCCACAGUUACAGCAUCUAUAAUGCUGUGUAUGUUGUGGCACAUGCUUUGCAUGCAUUGUACUCACCUACAUCCAGCCACCGAUCAAAAGUGGGUGGAAAAAGAUAUCUAGACCUCCAGCCUUGGGAGCUCCACUCAUUUCUUCAAGGCAUCUCCUUUAACAAUGCAGCUGGAGAAACCUUGCAUUUUAAUAAGAACAAGGAAAUGGGAGCUGGAUUUGACAUCAUGAACAUGGUUAUGUUUCCAAACAAGUCCUUCGUAAGAGUGAAAGUUGGAAGGGUGGAUGCAGAACCUCUCGAAGGAGAAGGAUUCAUCAUUCACGAGGAUAUGAUUGUAUGGCACAGGCAUUUUAACCAGGUGCGGCCCAUUUCUGUAUGCAACAACUACUGCUCUCCUGGUUAUCAGAAGAAGAAAAAAGAAGGGGAACAAUUUUGCUGCUAUGAUUGUGCUCCUUGCCCAGAAGGGAAAUUUUCCAGCCACAAAGAUAUGGAUGACUGUUUCACCUGUCUGGAAGAUCAAUAUCCAAACAAGGACCAGGAUGGAUGCGUCCAUAAAAUGAUAAACUUCUUGUCUUUUGAAGAACCUCUAGGAAUUUGUCUGGUUUCUCUUGCUCUAUCUUUGACUCUGACCACAGUUUUAGUCCUAGGAACUUUUAUUAAACACAGAGACACCCCAAUUGUCAGAGCCAACAACAGGGAUAUCACCUACGCUCUUCUAAUAUCUCUCAUGUUCUGCUUCCUCUGUUCAUUGCUGUUCCUUGGACACCCUGGGAAGUUCACCUGCUUCUUUAGACAAGCUGCUUUUGGGAUCAUCUUCACAGUGGCCGUUUCUUGUGUUUUGGCCAAAACCAUUACUGUGGUUGUAGCUUUCAUGGCCACCAAACCGGGAUCCAGGAUGAGCAAGUGGGUGGGGAAAAAACUGGCCAGCUCCACUGCCAUCGCUUCCUGCCUCAUUCAAGUAGGCACCUGUACAGUCUGGCUUGGAACCUUUCCCCCUUUCCCAGCUUUUGACACCCGGUCCCUGACUGAAGAGAUAGUAGCAGAAUGCAAUGAAGGGUCUGUCCUUAUGUUUUACAUUGUCCUGGGCUACUUGGGGCUUCUGUCCCUCAUCAGCUUGCUUGUGGCAUUCCUUGCCAGGAAAUUGCCAGAUAGUUUUAAUGAAGCCAAAUCUAUCACCUUCAGCAUGCUGAUCUUUUGCAGUGUUUGGAUAUCUUUUGUCCCAAGCUACCUUAGCACUAAAGGGAAAUACAUGGUGGCAGUGGAGAUCUUCUCCAUCUUGGCCUCUGGUGCGGGAUUACUGGCUUGCAUCUUUUCCCCCAAGUGCUACAUUAUUCUGCUGAGGCCUGAACUCAACAGGAGGGGUCUCCUAAUAAGAAGAACAUAA